GGAGCUGAAGAACAAGAAGAACAAUGGGGAUUACAAGAAACUGGUUUAGAAGAGUCAGAAGGAGGUUGAGUAGAAAAGGCAACAGAGACAUUGUUUUUCUGCAGACAAAUGCAGAAGAAGAACAACAACAAGAUGAAAUUGUUUAUGAUUCAAUUGUUCCAAGUUUCCAAAAGAAAGCUUUGUGUUUAGAGGAAGUGGCAGCCAUCAAAAUCCAAACUUGUUUCAGAGGCCAUCUUGCAAGACGAGCAUUUCGAGCACUAAGAAGCUUGGUGAAGCUGCAAGCGCUGGCUCGAGGGGUGUGCGCGAGGAGACAGGCACGCAUAGCUCUUCAGUUCAUGCAUACAUUGGCUCGAUUGCAAGUUCGGGUUCGGACUCGCCAGCUUGUGAGCAGAUACAGUGAGGAGUCUGAUUGUUGAAGCUUCCUCCAAAUGGCAUCAUUGUUCCUUCAAAACUGAAUAGAAAGGUAUCGUUUACAUUAGCAGAUGCUUUUACAACACAAAAUAAUCCUAUA